GCGCGCGGGGGCCGAGCCGUGCUACUCUGUCGGUAGCCGGCUCUGCGGCUGCACUGCCUGCAGGAUCCCGGGACGCGGUGCCCCGGGGGUAGAGGGCGAAGGAACGCGGCGAUGGCCCCAGGAGAAAUCUCGGGGUCCGCGGUCCUGGCCACCGCCGUCUUCGUGGGAUGCACUGUGAGUUCGCCGCUAGUGGCCCCGGACAAUGGGGGCAGCCGCACGUUGCACUCCAGAGCACAGACGACCCCAGCGCCCACCAACAACACGGGCAGCGGACACCCAGAGUAUAUCGCCUAUGCGCUCGUCCCCGUGUUCUUCAUCAUGGGUCUGUUCGGCGUCCUCAUCUGCCACCUGCUUAAGAAGAAGGGCUAUCGUUGCACCACAGAAGCCGAGCAAGAGGUGGAGGAGGAAAAGGUUGAAAAGAUAGAGUUGAACGACAGUGUGAAUGAAAACAGUGACACCGUUGGGCAGAUUGUCCACUAUAUCAUGAAAAAUGAAGCAAACGUUGAUGUUUUAAAGGCAAUGGUAGCAGAUAACAGCCUGGGAGACCCUGAAAGCCCAGUGACUCCCAGCACUCCUGGGAGCCCGCCUGUGAGCCCCGGGCCCUUGUCACCAGGAGGCACCCCGGGGAAGCACAUCUGUGGCCACCAUCUGCACACGGUGGGCGGGGCUGUCGAGAGGGAUGUGUGUCAGCGGUGUAGGCACAAACGGUGGCACUUCAUAAGACCCACCAACAAGGCCAAACAGGGCCACGCGAGGCGUCAAGGAGAAGUCACGGUCCUCUCCGUUGGCAGGUUUAGAGUGACGAAAGUGGAACACAAGUCAAAUCAGAAGGAGCGGAGAAGCUUGAUGUCCGUUAGCGGGACCGACAGCGUCAAUGGGGAGGUGCCUGUGACCCCUGUGAAGAGAGACCAAAGUGACAUGGAGUAGCAGGGGUGACUUGAUCGGAAGAGUUCGAAGACACCGAAGACUUCCAAGAUAAGAAGUUGCCUGCGGAAUUUUUAAAAAUUUUUAUACAGUUUCUAUUGCGGAGUCUGCAGACGUGGGGAUAAAAGCUAAAAGGGAAUAUUUGCGCUAUGUUCGGUACAGAAUUCAGUUUGCUUGGAAACACGUUUUGGGUUAAAAAGUCUGAUGGAAAAUUUAGUACCUUUCCAGUGAAGAAAAGAGCCCAUUUUUCAGUUUUCUCCAACCACCAGACAGACCUCCCAGUCCCCCAUCUCUGGCCGUCGCACCACUGGUAAUUUUUCCAGCGGGAUCAGUCUUCGCAGGGAACUCUUGGUGUGCAAUCCGAGCGGAGGCUGGGGGUGUUGGUGUGUGAGUGUGUGUGCACGUGCACGCGCACGCGGACACCUCUGUUCUCCCAACCCAGAGGUCUCAUUAUGCAACUAGUUGCAGUUUAACUGUUACAGAAGAUAAAGAUGAAACUUCAGUGGUAAAAAGUCCUUGCAGAGAGUGUGGUUUAGCCCCGAGAAAUUGGCCCCCGAGAGGUCAGGGCGUCAGAUGGAACCAGAUGCCAGACUUUGGAGCCGUGGACCAAGACAUCAACAUGAGCUCGCCGCCACUGUGCCACUGUUCUGUCACUAAGAAGACACUGAGAGUAUCUCAUUUUUUUUGUAACUUGCGCUAAGCGAUUCUUACUUAGUCCGUUGAAUAAAGGGGGACAGUACUUUAAAAUGACUAAAAACAACAUAAAACAACAAAAUGCCUGUUUUGACAGAAUAGACACACCCAACUUCUGAUGUAAAAUGGGCCCGUACCUUCCUCGGCUGUUUCAGAGGGUACGUCCUGCUUCAUGUCUUGUAACCGAGGCUCCUUAUUGAAAAGAUCCUGGAUGGUUAUGGUUCCCUUGGAAGCCUGGAAAGCCCCACUUUUAUGUACUUACUUGUUUAGCUAUGCUGUGUAUGAACACCCCCCCCCCCCGCGCCCGCACAAGAACCAGAGGCAGAGAUAGUGGUACAGCUCUGACCCUUGUGGGCCCCGGGACUGGGAGGGUCCAGUUACAGGAGGGUCUCCAGCCCCACCCCCCCCAUCCUGUCAGUGUUGGUGUGGUGCCUUGGGGCACUAAUGUUACCUUGGAGAGAAAGAGCAUCUUUCUCAUUUCACUGCCAAAGAGGAUUUCCAUAAAAAUAGCAUUUCAAGUAGUUACUGUCAAUUUAAUCAUUCCAUUCUGUUUCUGGCAUCAAACUACAAAUUUCCAGCCUUUGAAAUGGAUGGUAGGUUCCGUUUCACAUGAAUUUUUUCUGACAAGUGAUAAGAGCUCUGUGUGUGUGUGUGUGUGUGUGUGUGUGCUCAUACAUCCACGCAGAGGACGGUAUGGAGAGAAAUUCCACUGAAGUCCAGAAAGGAGCAAUAGAAGCAUUUUGGGGGUGUGUAUUAGUGUAAAUACUAUACGUGCUGUCUAGACCAAUAGUUUUAGUUUUUUGUUUUUAAAAGCAUCACUUUGGGCUUGAAAAUACAAUGUCCUCGAAUGUUGAGGGACAAAAAUGUAAGAUAUUCUUCAGCUUUAAUUAUUUUUUAAUUUUAUUCAGGCCAGAGCACUUUUUUAUAGCAAUACAACAGGCAAGAGAAUACUCAAAAAUAUUUAAAAUUUUGUUUAUACCGAGAGUACGUUUUAAAUAUUUUCUAAUACUUGAGCAGGUUUCGUCUGGCUGGCUUUCAAACAUGCCAAAAGUUAAGCAUUCACUGUUUUAACACAUAAGCUUUUUACUCAUAAGGAUUCUUAAGUGUUCCCAAAGCAACUGAUGUUUACAGGGCUUGGGUUUUCUUCCUUCUGUGGAAGGACUGGGGGUCCACAACAAACUUACUCUACAAAACACUACAGAUGGGCCGACUUCUGGUGUCCUGAGUGAGCUGGCUGCCGCCUUGAUGUAAAAAUUUGUAAAGGAAAAUUUUUCACCAUUUUGAGUGUCAGAUGUAUUUUUAACUGUCUGGUUUGUACUUUUACGACUUUUGUACUACCAAAGCAGAGUUAAAAAUAAAAAUGUUAAAUGCGUUAAAA